UGUCAGCAGCUGCUGCUCAUUUCCUGUCUGCUCUGUUGGUUCACGUGGUCAGCACAUCUGCAGGUUGAAGAUGGCAGCAAGUGUUGGCAGACCUCCUGCAGCUUAUUCCAGACCUGUAGGGGGGAACCCAGGCCCCCACUCCAGUGGCCUUACCAGCUCUGUGCAGCCAGAUCUCGGUCCACACUGUUCUGGUCUGGAUCCAGGAUUUUCGGCACAUCUUCAUCAACCUGUCUUUGUCCCACCUGCGGUCUACACACACGCACCACCACCUCCGUUCCUCCAUUACCAGUGGCCCACGCCCUUCCCUUUCCCUCCAUUUCCUGGAUACCCAGGCUUUGGAAUGGUCUUACCCACUCCCCCUUACCUGGAGGCUCCAGCGUACCUUCUCCCUCACCCUCACAUCCAACCAGUUGACUACAGGCGCUUGCUCCCCCCACAGGUUCCUGCUCAGUACCCAAACCCGACCCACAGAACUCGGCUGCCUUAUGUCCCGCCAAAAGAAACUGCAAAUUCUGAAGUCCAAACCGAGAUAGCCAUGGGCUUCUUGUGGCCUCCAGAUGUCUCAGACUCUGGUCAUGGAACUGGAUCAAACCCGUCACACUCUCCAGGCUCAAGCUCAGCAGGCUUGGACAACAGAAGCACCGUUCAGAGUUUCACUGGGAUGUACAUUGGCUCUGGUGUAAGUGACGGCACUAAUGAAGAUGUAGCAAAUGCUAAGCAUGAAGUGCUUUUCAAGGUCCUCAGACUGCCUCAAGCUGACACUGAGGUCUGUUUGGAGUCCUGUGAAACUGUGGGACCUGUGGAUCUACCCUUCUGUGAGAGGCCAUCUCUAAACUACAGAGAGAACCUUGAAUGUUCUGAAAACUUGUCCUGCAUGUUCCUCGACGGAGAGCCAGAAAACUCUAACGGGACCAACUUGCACUAUGAUUUACCAGAUAUGGCACCAUCCAAGAUGUCUUCCAGUAACUGUCCUGCGAAGCAGAAACUGAAUGAGUCCAUCUGGUCUGUGGAGUCUCUGGAGCCCUAUAUUCCCAGUCAAGAGUGGUUGAUGGAGAACAGUUUGUUGGAACCAGGAAUACAAAAACCAGUGCAGGAGGCUAGAAAGGACAGAUUGUCAGCUCAAAGUGACAAAAUUGUAAAAGUUAUAAAACCCUCUCCAGCUCCGCCUGUCUUUAUCAUGUCUGUUCAAAUGUCAGAAGAUGGUUUAGAUAUUAAUGUUCAAGAUGAACAGCAAAGUCCCCCAGAACCAGAGCAAGACCAAAGUUCUGUUCAAUGUGAACAUGAUGCCCUGUCUCUUCCCACCCCCAUGCCGAGUGAAGCUGUGAGUCCAACUGAGGACGAAAAUGAUGAAAGUUCUUCUGAACCUGAGGCUGCUGCUCCAAGCCCAAACCAGGAAGCACCGGUUGAAGAUGAGCUGCAAGAAAAAGGUCCUUCCUGUCAGGAGGAAAUGCUGCUUCAAUCACUGGCAGAAAAGCUUUCAUUUCCAGGCAAGCUGGUUUGUCACACACAGAUGGAUGGAGAUCCUGUCACUUUACAGAAGAUUACCAAAAUGUUGCCAUCAAAGGGCCAUUUGAUGGACUUUGGUGUCCAGUGUAGCAAAGGACAGGAUCCCAAAUGUUUCUGUGGGAUGCUGACUUACAGACCCAACAAAAACCAUGUAAACACUCAGACGUCAGGAACAGUAAAGCUGAAACUUUCAGGAUCAGUGGAGAUGUGCAGAAAAGGCCUGGUCAGUGGAGGAGGACCUCUGGACGGCCACACCAACCAACAGGAAGUCCAUACGACUGAGCAGCUGAUUUAGAGGGUGGAUAAAAUCUGCGUCGGAUCAAUGGGCUUGGUGGUGGUUUUAAUUUUUUUGAAAUUUAUUGUAUUUUGUAUGUUUUUUUUAAAUAGAUUUAAUAAAUAAAGAUUGAACAAAUAAUGAUCUA